CGCGGCGCAGAUCGAUGCCACUGCGUGCUCCAGCAUCAAUCAGCGGUCGAGACAAUAAUCAUCGAUAGAACAGCGCAACCAGCCGCGCUGCAGGCCCGCGCAACGCAGAGAAUUCAAAUAACGCAGGGAGAGCAAAAACACUCUCUGAAGCAAAAUGCAGCACUACUGGCGCGUAUGGCUUGUUGCUGCAUGCCUCAAAGUGCUCCUCUUCCCAUCAUAUUUUUCAACGGACUUUGACGUACACCGUAACUGGCUCGCAAUAACACACAGUCGGGACGCCAGCCGCUGGUACGCCGACCAAGCUCAACAGAACCAGUGGACGCUCGACUACCCGCCGCUCUUCGCGAUGUAUGAGGCCGGCCUCGCUAGAAUUGCGGCAAAGGUCGAUGGAAAAAUAGUAGAAGAGUCGGAGCGCGACUACGCGUCCGUAGCAUGCAUUAGGUUCCAGCGGGCGACGGUAGUCCUCACGGAGCUCGUCAGUCUAGGAACAGCGGUACGGGCCGCGACGGCGGGCGACACUAGAAGCGCAUUGGCCUUCGCGGGCUCGGGAGCGCUCCUGCUCGUUGACCACGUCCAUUUCCAAUACAACGGCCUGCUGCUCGGCUUGCUGGUCUACGCGCUCUUCAUGCUAAGGCGGGGCGACCACGUCAAGGCGGGCGCGCUCUUCGCGUUGUUGUGUUGCGCGAAGCACCUGUUCCUGACGCUCGCGCCGGUCCUCGCCGCCGUCUUCGUCGCGGCGCACGUGCGCCCGCGCCAAGAUUUUGUAAAGGCGUUCCUCGAGCUCGCCGGCGCGUCGAUAGCCGCGCUCGCUGUUGGUUUGGCGCCUUUGUUGGUGCCGGCCUGGCGCGCGGGGCGCCUCGGGGCCGCUUUCACAGAACUCGCGGGCCGCCUCUUCCCCUUCGACGCGCGCGGCCUCGUGCACAGCUACUGGGCGCCGAACGUCUGGGCUUUGUAUGUCUUCGCGGACCGCGUCCUGCUGAAGGUGUUGAGGAGGAGCGCGGGCGCCGGCGCGACGCGCGGCCUCGUCGAGACGGCCGUCGAGGUGCUGCCCGCGCCCGGCCCGAAGGCCUGCGCGCUCCUGACGGUCCUCGCGGGCCUGCCGGCGGUCUACGCCGCGGCGCGCACGUCCAGCGCGGCGGCGGCGCGGCGCCUGACCUACCCCUGCGCGGCGCAUGCGGCGCUCGCGGCCUUCUGCUUUGGUUGGUGCCCGCGUCCCUUGCCUUGCCUUCCCUUCGCGUCGACGGCGCGACACACUGCGAGAGCGUCGCGGCGAUGGCGUAUAUGGGUGGCGCCCGACGCCAUCGACGCGACAUCCAUCCCGAAACACGCCAUCGCCGCGUGCUGCGAGCAUGAACCCCGACCACAGGCUGGCACGUCCACGAGAAGUUCCUGCUCGUGGCACUGAUGCCGCUGGCGCUGCUGGCGCUCGAGGGCCGGCCGCGCGACGUCGUCGUCUUCCGCCAGGCGGCGCGCCUCGCGACGUUCGCGGUGCUGCCCCUGAUUCCGGGCGGCGCGGACGGCGUGACCAAGCUGCUCGUCGUGGGCGCCGAGGAGCUGAUAUUACGCACUACAUUCGCCGCGGACGCGUUUCCGGGCGAUGGGCUCCACUGCGGCGCCAUGGCGGCCCUCGUGGCGCUCAAGGAGGUCUGGCCCCUCGCGCUGGGCGGCCGCCUCGAGUUCCUGCCGCUCAUGCUCACGAGCGUCUACGGCGCCGUCGCCGUCGUCGCGCUGACGGCGUACUCGGCCCGGCGGCUCCUGGCCGCAGGACGAGCACGAAACGCGGGCGACUGGGAGGCCUCCGUCGUAGCGCCCUCGCCGCGUCGUCCGCGGGCGAAACAGCCCCGGUCGUUGCUGAAAACGAUCUGCUCGCUGCUGGGGAGCCGGGACGAGGAUUAAUAAACUUAUGCUUAUUGUAGUGGUCU